ACCCAUCGCAACACUGCCAUUACAAAGCCCAUAAGAUUCUCCAUCUUCUGCUCAGUGUUGUCCACCGAGCCAAAUGGCUUUCUGCGCUUCUGCUCCGUCCUUCUGCAGUCUCAUCGGUGCCCAUCGGUGGACGUCGCCGUCCAAGGCUUCACCACGUCCAUGCUUCCGACCACAUAUCCGGUGUGCUGCGCAGACUCCUCCUCGGCGAUCGGCUAAUUACCAGCCAAGCUCGUGGAGUGACGAAUACAUCCAAUCGCUAAGAAAUGACACCAAGGUGGAGGAGGAUAACGCAAGAAGGAUGGGAAAACUGACGGAGGAAGUGAAACAACUGAUCUACAUGAAGAAGGGAAUGGAGGAGCAGCUUCAACUGAUCGAUCACCUGCAGCUGCUUGGGGUGGCGUAUCACUUUAAGGAGGAUAUUAAGGAUGCUUUCGGGACUAUAUACGGUUCCGUGGAAAAGGUGAACAUGUUGCUGAAGGAUAAUCUUCAUGCCACGUCUCUUAUGUUCAGGCUUCUAAGAGAACAUGGGUUUGAUGUUUCUGAAGGUGUAUUCUACCGAUUUAUGGAUGAGAAGGGAAACUUGAAAGCCAGCCUUCGCCACCAGACUGAAGGAUUGGUGAGCUUGUACGAGGCUUCCCAUCUUGCAAAGGAAGGAGAGCAAGUGCUGGAAGAAGCUAAGAACUUCACAACUAAACAGCUCAAGAGCCUCAUGGAGGGAUCACUUGAGCCUCAUCUCAGGGAGCACGUAGCCCAUGCCUUGGAGCUUCCAUUGAACUGGAGGAUGCCGAGGUUACAGACCAGGUGGUUUAUAGAAGCAUGCCAAAGGGAAGCUAACAUACACCCUGUCCUACUUGAAUUGGCUAAGUUGGACUUCAACAGAGUUCAGAGCAUACAGCAGAGGGAACUCAGAGAAGUGUCGAGGUAUUUUGAGCUUGCUCCUCGUGCAAACUUCAGCACAAACUUCUGGCUGUCGAUCAGAUGGUGGAGCAAUCUUGGCCUGGCGCAGAGGCUUCCAUUUGUUGGGCUGAUGGCCCAUAUUCAGCCCAUGUGGGCUUUAUCAGCCCACAGCCCACAGCCCACACCCUCUCUUAACCUAACCCUAAUUAAGAUUAGGAGGGUGUGGUGGCUGCGUUUUAGAGGUAGAUUAAGGCUAUAAAAAGGCAGCAACGAGGCAGAUCUUUGAGGCCACGGGAUUCCAAAGAGAAGAAGGAGAUCAAGGCAGAAAAGGAAGAGAAAGAAAGGGAAGAAGACAAGGACAACGCAGAGAGACUGUUCACAAUCAUCUAGCAGUGUUCUCAUCUCAGGUUAGAUCAAAUCUACAGUAGACUCUUGCUGUGAUUACUUGGGGAGGUUUUAGAUAUUGUGGGCAGUGACGUGAUCCUUGUAUCCCAGUUAUUCUCUUGUGGUUGUUGCUAGGGUUUUGGGCAAGAGAUUGAGAUUUGUAUA